AUGGCAAACAGAGCUUUAACGUUGGACGAACAUGUCUACACCAUUAGCGAUCUCAAAGAAAUGGGCAGCAAAAGGCUGCCUAAGAUGUACAGAGAUUAUUACAAUGAGGGAGCGAUGGAUCUAAUUUCACUUCGGGACAACGAGCAAGCGUAUAAUAGAUACAAGAUUCGGCCCAGAGUUCUAGUCAAUGUUCAAAACAUUGACGUUUCAUCUGAGAUAUUCGGCACAAAGGUCGAUUUCCCCGUAGGAUUCAGUCCAUCAGCCAUGCAUAAGCUCGCCCAUCCAGACGGGGAGAUUGCAACAUCACGAGCGGCCGCAAAAGCCGGAAUCUCCAUGUGUUUAUCAUCUUACUCGACUACUUCACUCGAAGACGUUGCCGCCCAAGGAUCGGGAAAUCCCUACAUGAUCCAGAUGUGCGUUCUCAAAGACCGCAACAUCACCUUGCAAUUGUUAAAACGUGCCGAAGCGGCUGGAUAUAAAGCACUCUUCCUUUCUGUUGACGUCCCGGUGCUUGGCCUCCGUCUCAACGAAUAUCGCAACAAGUUCAGGCUCCCGGACGACAUGGCGUACCCUAACAUUUGCGCGACAAUGAAAGAUGAGGAGGAAAACCCAGGUCGCAUUGACUACGAUUCAAGCUUAGACUGGGAAUCCGCCGUUCCAUGGCUGCGCGCAAACACCAAGAUGCAAAUUUGGCUCAAGGGAGUAUCUUCCCCCGAAGACGUCGCUACUGCGAUCCGGUGGAAGCUCGAUGGAGUAGUCAUCUCUAACCACGGCGGACGCCAACUCGACGGUGUUCCUGCCACGCUUGACGCUCUUCGCGACUGUGCACCCGUCGCAUCAGGAAAGAUUCAGAUUGCCGUUGACGGCGGUAUUCGGCGAGGAUCCGACAUCUUCAAAGCACUCGCGCUGGGCGCGCAGCACGUUUUUAUUGGACGAAUCCCGUUAUGGGGACUUGCUUACAAAGGCGAAGAGGGAGUCACGCUUGCCAUCAACAUCCUCAAGAGGGAGCUGAUUACAACAAUGGGCCUCGCGGGCUGCCGAUCCAUUAGCGAAAUAAACCGUGGCCAUCUCUGCGUUCUCGGCAUCGAUGGCGGUUUGUCCAAGCUGUGA